CUCCGCUUCUCCGUUCACACAUUUGAACCGCCUUGGAGGAGUCACAACUCGUGGACUAUCUAGCAUUUUAGUUCUUUUUUUUUCUUGUUGUUGCUAGUUUUAUUUACAAACAACAUUUUAACGCAGCCACCCUCCCUCCUCAGAGUGGAAGCGCUCGCGGACAGGAGAGACAAGUUUUGUGGUUACUUUCCAUUUUUUCCUCGUCGGAGUUUUUUUUCUUUUUUUUUUUUCUGGGGUGCACAUGCGAUGUCACGGACUAUUAAAAGAAGAAAGAAAUGUAUGUGAUUAGUUCUGCUGUUGACGUGCGAGAGUAUUUUGUGAGUUAAUUUCUUUAAACCAGUUAAGCAACUGGCGACAGGACUCUAUAAUCAAUGUGGUGUCAGCUGGAAGGACGCGGGGUCCGGAUCUCACCUAAACGCUGAUACGUCUUGGGAGUGAUGCACUGGCUUCCCCUGGUUGCCAUGGUGAUCGCCUCGGCCCUGCCCUUCCCUCACAACCCCGUGUCCAGGAUUGCUGCCGCGACCACACAGCCUGGCUUCGACAAGCGCAGAGAGCACCGUCAGGACGCAGCGGCUCCCCUCGUGGACUACAGCUUCAAUGGAAGUGCCUCGCAAUUGGACUACAACAUGGCUGCCGCUCUCAGCCGACACGCCAGCAGACAGGACCCCCAGAACCCCGAGGAUUUUGUGAAACCCUCCACGCGCGAAGAGACUUCCACGUUCAGAGUGGAGCAUCACAGAACCUACCAGUCACAUAGCAACUCAGGCAGGGAUGGUAAGAGCAGUUUGGAUGUUCCCGCAGGAGGAGGAACACUCAGGACCGAGGAUAUAUCUGAGGAUAAUUCUCUACCAAAGGACUACAAAGCUGACAGCAUCAGCAGGCAAGAUCACUCCAGUUUUGUGGACUUUGCCAAGAAGGAGAAUGUUCAGGACUCCACAGACAGAACGCUGCAGGUUUCUGCAGUGGGAAACCAUGAUGCUGUCACACCUGCUGCUGCACUGAAGGUUCAGAGAGCGCCGACUGCUCCGGCACAGCAGCCCGGAGACGCACCGGACAGCCAGCGGACACCGGGAGGAGGUCCGACUGAGGAGAGCUUGGAGGCAGGGCUGGGUCUGGAUGCUUUCAGAGAAGGAGAUGAGAUGUUUCUGGACACUCACCCUCGAGUCCUGUUCUCGCCCUCCCCGUCGCCUCCGGAACACCCGCCUCUUCUGCUCAUGCUGGAGAAUGGCCUGCUGGAGGAGGAGGACGUGGACGGCGAGGACCAGGAGGACACGGACGGACGCAUCGAGGGUCACGGCGACCGCGCCCUCGACAAGAGCAUGACGCCGAGCUGGGCAGAGGUCGUCCGGCCCGUCAAAAGGGACAAACGCUCGCACUUGAUCGACAGACGGAGAGGGGAGAAGUCUGUGUGCGAGUCGGAGAGCGUUUGGGUGACCGACAAGAAGACCGCCAUCGACUCCUAUGGAAAAACGGUCACCAUCUUGCAGGAAAUCCAGACUCAGACUGGACCGCUCAAACAGUACUUCUUUGAGACUCGCUGCCGCCAGGCCGAGCAGCCAAGCGACAGGUCGAAGGGCGCUUCUUCGGCGAGAUCCACGGGGACAGGCGUGGCCGGGGCCGGCUGCCUGGGCGUGGAUAAGAAACAGUGGAAGAGCGAGUGCAAAGCCAAGGAGUCGUUCGUGCGGGCGCUCACCAAAGAUGAAAACAACAGAACCGGAUGGAGGUGGAUCCGGAUCGACUCGUCCUGCGUCUGUGUGCUGCUGUCCAGAGCGAACCAGCCGAUGGGGAGGGAGGUCCUGAUGGGGAGGGGGAGAGGCUGAAAGAGGGAGAAGGAGAGAUGGCAGGAAGUAGAAAGUGACACAGAGCAGAGCAGCUGUGACAUCCUUCUGUGUGCACUUUCCCUCUCCCUGCAUUAAGCCACUCUUUUUCCAUCGCUGCCUCCCUCUACCACUGACUUUUAAAACAAAAAAAACGAGAAGACCUCAAUACUAGAUCUUAGGGAAAAAUGUCAUAUAUAGAGAUUUGACUUUUAAGAAGUACUGUUUUUGUAUGAUUUAUCUUUCAUAAUCUAAGUUAUUUUUGGUUAGUAUGUAAGCAUGUGUAUGUCUUUGAUAUUAAUAUAUUCCUUUAUAUAUAUGUGUACAAUAUGACACCAGUAUACCUUUAUGUAUGAAGCUAUGUAUAUCUGUGUGUAUUUAUAGAAGAAGUCUUCGUGGAGUAGUAGGUCUCUCCAGUGUCUGAUGAUAAUUCCAGCCUCUGGGCCGCUCGGCUUGUAAGAGGAAGCAGCGCCACCUACUGAGGCUUCAUUUUACUGCUCCGAACUCCUGUGGAUUACAACGAAUGCUUACAAACAGCAUGGGCACAUUUUAGCACAGUCAAGCCGAUGAUUUGCUGCAGGAUACAUCUGUGUCUGUGGGACUUGUUAAAUGUGGUUCAUGAAUGUAAAAACUAUGCGGUUUGUAAAUUAUACGAAUGACACCUAAACAAGGUAAUUAUACCAUCUGCUGGUUUGUUCAGUUGGCCUGCCAAACAUGGUAAUAAAGGAUCUUUGUACUCAG